AUGGCCGACCCGCCGCCGCUCAAGAGGCCCAAGCUCGAGAAGGACGACGACGACGACUCCGCCUACAGGCCCCGCCCCUCCGCCAAUGGCGCCGCGCGCGUACCCCCCGUCGCCUCCGCCCCAUCCUCCGCCGCGGCCAGCGGGGAGCCGCUGGACGACGAGGACGAGGACGCCAUGGCGGAGGAGGCGGUCGUCGCCCUCAUCGCGCACCGCGAGCGCGACGUCGAGCGCUGCAAGCUCAAGCUGCUCCACUACCAGUCCCUGCUGGACACCGCGGAGAUGAAGCUCGCCGAGGCGCAGUCGCGGCUCGCCCGAUGCCGGGAUCCCAGGCCGCCGCCGAGCCACACGGAACCCAAGCCACCGCCGCCGCCAAUUAAGAGGGAACCCAAGCCAUCGCCGCCGCCGCCAAUCCAGAGGGAACCCAAGCCGUCGCCCCCGCAGCCGCCGCCAGAGAAGAAGUCUCCCGCGCCCGCGCCGCAGCCAGCGGCGAGGCCGUCGCUUCUCAUCCCUGGGACCAACAACCGGCCUGCCCCGCGCCCAGAGCCCAUGCCUGGGUUGAAGAAAACCGCCGCCCCGUCGUCCUCUUCAUCACCUGCGGCGCCGCCGCCGCCGGAGCGGUCAAGGAAAGAGGAGAAGAAGCCCAAGAGAAAGAUCCAAGAGAAAGAGCAUCAGAACUUGAUCCCCAGUGUCAAGAAGUCAUCUGCAACGGUGCUUAAAUUUCAAGGUGGCACUUUGGUCUCGAGCCAACACAAGAGGAAGCUUAGGUGUCUUGAGCUAUGCCCUGCUAAUGAUCAGCUUGUUGUUACCAGUGCGUUGGAUGGAUUGGUUACUUUGUGGCAGGUGGAGCCAAGAGGACCUUCUAUCUCAUUUCGUGGCAAAACAGAUUGCUUUUCCCCAAAGCAUAGAUGGCCUGAAGAUAUAGCUUGGCAUCCAGAUGGUGACACAAUUUUUGCUGUAUACACUGCUGAUAAUGGUGAUUCUCAGGUUUCAAUGACAAACCUUAUAUCAGGACAGAGGAAGGUUACUUUCCUACCAGAGAAGCCUCACACGAAGGGAAUCAUAAACAACAUCAGUUUCAUGCCCUGGUCUGAUGCAUGCUUUGUGACCGGGGGAAGUGAUCACGCUGUUAUACUUUGGGAAGACAAAGAUGAUUCAUGGAAACACAAGAGAGUGCACAAGGAUUUCCAUUCUUCCGCUGUCAUGGGUGUUGCUGGAUUGCAACAGAAAAAAACUAUAAUAUCAGUUGGCUGCGACAAGAGGAUAAUAGGAUUUGAUCUCUUUGCUGGAAGGACAGAGUUCAAGAACCUAAUUGAUAGCAAAUGCAUGAGUGUAUUAACAAAUCCAUGCGAUUUCAACUUAUACAUGGUGCAGACAGGGGCGCCAGGCAGUCAGCUCCGCUUGUUUGACAUCAGGCUUAGGCAGACUGAGGUUCAUGCAUUCGGUUGGAAGCAAGAGAGCAGCGAGUCUCAGUCAGCUCUGAUUAACCAGUCAUGGUCUCCUGAUGGGUGGUACGUGUCAUCUGGCUCUGCAGACCCUGUGAUCCACAUUUUCGACAUCAGGUAUCAUGGCCAGAAGCCGUGCCAGUCUGUUCAGGCACACCAGAAGCGAGUGUUCAAGGCUGUUUGGCACCAAACAUCACCAUACCUGACCUCCAUAUCAUCGGACCUUAAUAUUGGAAUCCACAAAUAUUCAUGAAAGUGCCAUCACGUUCUGGGCUGAUUUUGCUGCCUAGAAAUGGCUUUUGCAGUGAUAUAGUAAUGUUCCAGAAAGACCUGGGAAAUUUGUUUCCCUAAAGGAGGAGUUUGUACUGAACUUGGUCAAAGAGAAGUAGAGGAUCUGUUGAAGAAACAGCAAAAUCAGCCCACUUUGAGCUAGUUUUGCUGGCCCUGCUAGGCCCUUGGGUUCCGGUGUGGCAGACACAUGCAGCUGAAGAGCCCCACAGUUGGAAGUUUUGAUCCUGCUGGUUGAAGCAUUUCCGCCUUUUGAGCUGCUGCGACUGGGACUGCUAGGCUGUUGUGUUCUCCAAUGUGCCACUGCCAGAGUGGCAAGCAUCUGAAGACGCUUCAGCUGCAUGUUUUGCCCUCAUUUGUCACUUCAUUUUUGCAGUGGUUUUACCCUUGUUGGGUGGUUUACAGGCCAUCUAAGGCUAUAGUGUCAGGUGAAAGGAAGUACUAGUUAAAAAAAAAACACUAAUGCAUACGAAGGUGCCUCCGGCUAUAUUUUGUAUUCUGUAUUACUAUAGUGACAGUAUUCUGGCACCUGGCGUUCUGCCCCCGCUCUUUUUAUCGCUGGGGGUUCUUUCA